AACAUGGUGGAGUGCGAUUGGGUGACACCAAAAGCUUUUGAGUAUGUCAAGAACUUCCAAGGACCUAUCGUUAUUCCAAUCAUAUUUGAAAUAACGGACAAAGAGGUAGUAGUCACCCCAAACUUUCCAUUAGAGACUUCAGAAAAGUACUUACAACUGUUCAGAUAUGAAUUGAAAGAUAUCAAAGAAGUGUUAAUGAAACGGUACGUCACGGUGUUCAAUGGCCUUGAGAUAUACUUCCCCAAUCACUCCGAAUACUUUGUCUUCCAGAACGAACUUGUUGCAAAGAGAGUGUAUUUCCGCCUCUUAUUAUCCACCAAUUUACUCGAUGAAACCCUUGAAGAAAAGGUUAACAAAGCAUCAGAGAAGUGGGCAAAUGGUAAAAUGAGCAACUUCGAGUAUUUGAUGCGACUGAAUGAGUUGGCAAGUCGCUCGUAUAAUGAUAUGAGUCACUACCCCAUCUUUCCAUGGGUGAUUCAAGACUAUACAAGCACACAUUUGGACUUGAAUAACCCAUCAAUAUAUCGUCCUUUGGACUUACCGAUCCCUUGUGUAAACUUCAAACGCCAUCGAGAUGAGAUGAAACGAUUUGAUGAGUUGUUUGGUGAGUGUGGUGCGAUCAAAGACCAAGAGAAGUACAUGUACUCGACAUUUUACUCGGCGUGUGAUUAUGUCUUCCACUUCCUUGUUCGCGUUGAGCCGUUCACUUCGAUGUUCAUUAAAAUGAACGAAAAUCACUACGACCGCCCAGAGAGAAUGUUUUACUCUGUCGGACACACAUGGGACAUCUGUAUGAGUUCCACCCAAUGUAACAUCGAGCUUAUUCCAGAGUUCUUCUAUUUACCCGACUUCUUAAAGAACGAAAAUUUAUUCAAUUUUGGUGUGAAUCCAGUCACUAAUAGUCAAGUCGGCGAUGUCUCUCUGCCCCCUUGGGCUAAGAGCCCAGAGGAGUUCAUUCAACUGAAUCAUCAAGCGUUGGAGUCGCCACUCAUUUCCGCGACUUUAAAUCGGUGGAUCGACUUGAUAUUUGGGUAUAAGAGUUGUGGCGAAGAAGCACUCAAAGCGGAUAACCUGUACCACCCGUCAUGUUAUGUCACCGAACAAGUGCGGACUGCGGAAGAAAAUGAUGUCUUGAUGAAACGAGCACUCUUCAGUGGACAAGUCCCCGUCCAGUUAUUUAAAAAAAGCCACAUUGAGAGGAAAUACCAGAUGCCAUUAAUAGUCGAUGUGUGUAAAGAGAGUUGUCUGAGCGAAGAAUUUAAAAGCGGAGAAGAAAUUGUUUCUGUCUGUUUGGAAGAGAAGGGGAUGAUGGUGUUCACUGAGAAAAAUACAAUGAGAGUACCAGGGCUGCUUAGUCUCACCCAUAAAAAGAAUAACAUUGGGAGUAAAAAAGGUGAGAAGAAGUGGUAUUCGUAUGAUAAGAAGUAUAGCAUUAGCCUAAUAUGUGGUGUUGUUCGAGUUUUUAGUGAUACUAAAAAUUACACAUUGAAGUGCAGUGAGGUGAGUGAAUGUGAGGUAAUCAUGUAUGAGGAACACAACUACUUGAUAUUUGGGUGUGUCGACUCGUUACUUGGUGUUGUCGAACUUGGCUUUGAAACGCCAGUAUACCUCAAUGCACAUGUUGAGAAAAUCAGUUGCAUUUGCUUUGAGGAGAGUAGUGGUGUUUUGGUGAUUGGCGAUGUUGGUGGAGUUGUUUCGUGUUACAGGUGUGGUACUUGGCGUUAUUUGUGGCACAUCGCACUUGGAGACAAAUGGAAGAAUACGAUAGUGUCGGUGGUAGUAGUCGACCAGUACAUUUAUGUGAUGACGGAAGGCGGGAUGUUUAGUUUGUCUAUGAAAGGAAAAGUCGUCAGCUUUUUGGAUUUUGUCGGGCGCAAGUUAGUGAAGUCGUUUGUGCCAUUUACUGUUUGUGUAGUUGCAAAGAACAACGAGUUAUGUUUUGUGUCCACAGUACAACUUAGUUGUUUACCAAUUGAAGUUGAUAUGCCAGACCUCUCAGAAGAGAUUGUGGUUAACGUUUUCUUCAAAUUUAAUUCUGUUUAUAUGAUUACAGAGUCUGGUAGAAUUGUCAGAAUAUAUAUGAAAAUGUUUGAGAAUAAAUAA